AACGAAAAUACGAACAAGGAGAGAACGAUGGCGACGCCAUUGCUGAUAGCCAUGGCGAGAUGAUGGCUGGCCCCUUCUCACGCACACAUCCUAUCACGUUUCGACUUCCGGAAGAGCCAGAUCAGGCCGACGAGACUCGCUCCAGGGAGUCAAGUCUCAUUGAUCUGAGCCCUCACAAGUCACAUGGUGAUGCGGGGGAGGUACCGAGUCGUCUCGCUGCUGUGCCUCUGCCAGUAUGUGGUUUCCCUCCAGUACAACACUCAGGUACCCUUCCACAAGAAGCUCAUUGACAACCGGAUGCUCUGCCUGAAGAAGCAAGGAGAGCGCUCACCGCCUCUCUCGCAACUCAUGCAGCAGCAGGACGACCCGGAGUGGGCGGCUCUGGACUGCGACCUAUGGCUCUCGCGAAACGAGCAAGGGAUACAAACCAGCCAUUACAGAUUCCGCUAUCUUUCCUACCCAGCGAUGCUGCAGAGGAUGAGGGCGCUGGAGCUCCUGUACCCGGACAUGGUGAGAUUGUACAGCGCUCAAGAUGACUUCGGCCUGCCAAGCGCGGGGAAAUGCAGCGAGGAGGAGGGAGUGGAGAAGAACCAGCCUUGCAAGGUGUGGGUUAUGGAAGUUGGCAACAUGCAGGCAAGGACGGAGGAAACUCCGCGGUUGUUCUUCAGUGGAGCUCUACAUGGAGACGAGAGGAUCGGACCCACUGCUCUCCUCGAGCUCGUGUCCUUCCUGCUGGGGACGUACGCGGUCGACCCAUGGGCGAGGAUCAUGCUGGACAGUCGGGUGCUGGUGCUGAUCCCGGCGGCGAACGCUGUAGGAUACCAGGAGAGCAAGAGGGACGAGCUGGGGGUUGACCCGAACAGAGACUUUGCUUUUGACACUUCCAGCUCCCGCUGUAUGCAGUCUGUAGCAGCAAGGAGCGUAAACGAGGUGUGGAGGAGGAAUAUCUUCUCGUUGGCUGUCACGUUUCAUGGGGGAGACAACCUCAUCGCACAUCCCUGGGGAGACACGAAGCAUUGCCCGGGUUACCCCGGGAGGUGCCAAGCAAGAGAGGGCAUGCUCUCCUCUUGGAUUUCUCCCGAUCACACGGCCAUGUUGAUCUUGUCAAAGUACGCAAGCGACUUUGCUGGGCCUCUUCCGACGGGGAGGAUGGAGAAAUUCCGCUUCGGCCCUCUCAACGAUCCGCGCGUCAUCUACCCGGUUGGAGGAGGGAUGGAAGACUGGGCGUACGGGGCCUCGUGGGCUCCUGGUGGGGUGAACUGCCUUCCUUCC